GAUUUGGGUCCAAAUUGUGCUGCCAAUUUGAACUUUCCGGAGAGUUGAGAGUCCCCACUCCUUAGGCUCUGGGAACCUCAGAUUUUAAAACUUUGAACCUCCAUGUCUUCGCCGAUCAAUCCUGCCUAGCGAUCCACCUCCAAGACAAUAUCUCCGAAUGUCGAAGGAUAGAAGUGUCGAAUCCUUAUUUUCUGAUGCAUCCACGGUAUCUUCUUAUUCUUGCAACGCUGAACAUGAUGAUCAGUGCAAAUCUGAAAUCCCAUCUCUACCAGUUAGGGAUGAAGAGGUAUGGAAAGAAGCUAGAUGCCCCAUCUGCAUUGAACCCCCUCACAAUGCUGUCCUCUUACUAUGUUCAUUUUGUGACCAACAUUGCCACCCUUACAUGUGUGACACAAGCUACCGCCACUCAAACUGUCUUGAUCAGUUUUGCAACUCAUCUGGAGCGGCACUAUCAACAGAAGAAGUUAUUUCAAGCACAACCGAAGAAAGAGAAAGUGAGGAGUGGAUGUCAUCACCCAGAACAAGGUAUAAUGGGAAACAGCUACCCAAGCUUGUGUGCCCUCUCUGCCGGGGACAGGUCAGUGGGUGGGUUGUGAUAGAGGCUGCUCGCCAUUUCAUGAAUUCCAAACCAAGGAGCUGUUCACUUGAGACGUGUGAUUUUAAUGGGAACUAUUCAGAACUCAGGAAGCAUGCUAGGCUUGAGCAUCCCUCUGUCUGCCCAUCUGAGGCUGAUCCAAAGCGUCUGCAGGACUGGACAAUGCUGGGGCGUGAAAGGGAUUUUGAGGACUCCUUUAGUGCAUAUGAGCUGGGACAUGGAGAUGGAUGGAGUGAUUUUUUUAUAGACAGGACAGUGAUGGAGUACGAAAGGGACCUAGAGGACAUCGAAAUUGCAAACCACUCACGGUUAGAGAACUGGGUUGACGAUUUUGAUUGGCUUGCAGAUCGUGUUUGGCACCCUUCCCCUGUAUUGCCAGAGUUUCGUCAAUUGUAUCCCUGGCUUGUGCUUUGGCAUCCUAUUUACCACCCUUCCCGUUUAUUGCCAGAGUUUCCUCUAUUUUAUCCCCCGUUUGAGCCAAUCGAUUUAGAUAGUUCAAGUGGUGGUGACCGAUCUGGUGACAGCAGAUCAACAAGGUCAAGGGCAACUUAUCAUGCUGAGACCAUCCUUGCUCCUAGGCGGGGCAGCAAUUUUUCACGGGGGACUUCAAGAAGCAGCAAUUUUUCACGGGGGAAUUCACGAAGUCUGCGGGAGCACCGCCGGUUGGACCAGAGACAAUCAAGACGAAAUCACUAGGCAUUACUGCAAGUGGAUAAUUUGUGACCGUGCAUGUGUUGUAAUGUUGCGUGAAUGAAUCCUACCUAAAUGAAGAUGUGUUAUCAUUGCUGAAACAUGGCAUACUUAUUAACUCUUAUAGUACACAUAUGAAUGAUAACUUAGCGCCCUGUGUAUUUUUGUUGAAAGCUAUGAAAAAGAGCUGGUGAAUUGUGAUGCAUGUUUUACCAAACUGC